CCCUCUGGGUCUCAGCCUCUGGCUGGUACAGAGUGCAGAUAUCGCACUGGCUCCCGGCACCGGACGGUGCUCAUUUGCAGCUUUCCGACCAAGCCCCCUCUGUCUGGCGCCCUCCUUGAUUCUGCUCUUUCUCCACGCUUUCUCUCUGAACUCUCGCCUCUCUCGGACUGCCCGAGCUGCCGUUCUCUCUGAGAUGUCUCCGAGCGGUCCCUGGGCUAUCUCUGGAGCGAUCCCUGGGCGGUCUCGGAGCGGUCUCCGGGCUAUCUCUGAGCCGUCCCGGGGCUAUCUCUGAGCGGUCUCUGGGCUAUCUCUGAGCGGUCCUUGGGCUAUCUCUGAGCGGUCCGGGGGCUAUCUCCGAGUGACCUCUGGGCUGUCUCUGAGCGGUCCCCGGGCUUGACCUCUGGGCUUCUCGGGAAUUCUGGCCAGGCUCUGAGUUUCUCUAAGCACUGUCGGGCUCUCCCCAAACUUUCUCCGGCUCUUUCCGGAGCGCUCGUGCUCCCGGCCCCCCGCCCCCCGGCUCCACCAGACUCCUUGGCUGCGCCUCCCGGCUUCUGCGGCUCCCGCGGCUGCUUCCCCAGCUUUCCGCUAGCUCCGGAGCCAGCUCUGGCGACGCUCUGCGCGCUGGGCGGGGGCAGCUCCGGGCCCUGGGGGCGGGCUCCCCCCGGCCCCAAGGCCCCCAGGCCCAUGGAGCGGGUGCCGGGGCUGGGCGCCCUGAGGCGGCGGAAGCGGCUGCUGGAGGAGGAGAAGAGCCUGGCGGGCUGGGCGCUGGCCAUGGCCGGAGUGGGGAUCGGGCUGAUGGUGCUGCACGCCGAGAUGCUGUGGUUCGGCCAGUGCCAGUGGGUUCCCUAUCUCUUCCUGGUGAAAUGCGGGAUCAGCAUCUCCACCCUCCUCCUCCUCGGGCUCAUCUUGGCCUUCCACGCUAAGGAAGUUCAGCUCUUCAUGACGGACAACGGGCUUCGCGACUGGCGGGUGGCGCUGACCGGGCGCCAGGUGGCCCAGAUGGCGCUGGAGCUGCUGGUGUGCGGGGCGCACCCGCCCCCGCUGGGGGCCUGGGACGCCCCUCCGUGCCACGCGCAGGCGCGCCCCCGGCCCGUCUUCCUGAGCCAGGAGGAGGCGCUGCUGUCGCUGGCCAUGCUGCUGCGCCUGUACCUGGUGCCGCGCGCCGUCCUGCUCCGCAGCGGCGUGCUGCUCAACGCCUCCUACCGCAGCAUCGGCGCGCUCAACCGCGUGCGCUUCCGCCACUGGUUCGUGGCCAAGCUGUACAUGAACACGCACCCGGGCCGGCUCCUGCUGGCGCUCACGCUCGGCCUCUGGCUCACCACGGCCUGGGUGCUCUCCGUGGCCGAGAGGCAGGCCAUCAAUGCCACUGGGCACCUGACAGACACUCUGUGGCUCAUCCCCAUCACCUUCCUGACCAUCGGCUACGGGGAUGUGGUUCCAGGCACCGUGUGGGGGAAGAUCGUCUGUCUUUGCACGGGGGUGAUGGGGGUGUGCUGCACGGCUCUGCUGGUGGCCGUAGUGGCCCGGAAACUGGAAUUCAAUAAAGCAGAGAAGCAUGUCCACAACUUCAUGAUGGACAUCCAGUACUCCAAAGAGAUGAGGGAUUCUGCGGCGCGAGUGCUUCAGGAGGCCUGGAUGUUCUACAAGCACAGCCGGAGGAAGGAGUCUGGGGCCGUCAGAAGGCACCAGCGCAAACUGCUGGCUGCCAUCCACAUAUUCCGCCAGGUCCGCUUAAAGCACCGGAAGCUCCGGGAACAAGUGAACUCCAUGGUGGACAUCUCCAAGAUGCACAUGAUCCUGUGCGACCUGCAGUCCGGCCUCAGCACCUCCCACAGGGACCUGGAGAAGAGAAUGGACGCGCUGGGGGGGAAGCUGGACGCCCUGACGCAGCUGCUCAGCACGGCCCUGGAAUCCAGGCAGCCCCCAGAAGCCGGGGAGGCCACCUAGUCGGGACUGUGGAAGGGGAAUCUUGGCUCCUUUGGCCCCAGGGGACAAGGCUGAAGUUAUCCCCUUUCACUUCAUCAAAAGCAUCGAAGAGGGACCCAAAUCCAGGCGUUCUUCUCUCCAACAGCUGCUGCGGGAGUCCCUGGCUGGCCAGGGGUUCCCCUAUUCACCCAAGCACUGGAAGGGGUGGAUUUUGAAGCUGCUACAGGGCUGGGGAAUCAAGGAACCCGGGAGCUACAGACCACAGGCCUCCUCCAAGUCACACUAGCAACUAAGGAGUAGAAGGAAGAGGAGAUUCUGGGGAGGGGGAGGAGCCGGGAGCCAGGUUCUCCCCUGGAAGGCCGGGGAUGGAGUUAUUCCCUGGAGUCCCAGAUGCUGGGUCUGUGGAGCGGAGGAGGCUGGAUGUCCGGCUAGGGACAGGAAGCUGAGAGAGCCGGUUCCUCAAGCUGCACAAGAACUGAGAAGACUGGACAUGGAGAUCCCCGUCCUCAGCAGCUGCUGGACAGUAGAACAGCGAAAGGGAUCCAGUGUUAGAGGUGGAGAGAGGCCCUUGGGAUGGACAAGCUGCCGGUACACAGAGGCCCGGAACACCCCCUAGUGGGGACAGCCAGGGGGAAGUGGGCAGCCUGAGCUCCUGCAGGGGAGUCUGGCCUGAGCUUCCCAGCUUUCCCCCCUCCUCCCCUACUUUGUAAUAAAAGUUAAUGUUAUAGAA